AUAAAACACAUUCGCCCAUCCGCUGACGAUACUUCGUCCUUUGCCAAUCAACCGGAACUUACGUAAACAACCAUCAAAACAACCGUUACGUAUACCUGUCGCGGCACAGCAGCGCCGAAGGAGUUCGUCUGUACUGGUUCAGCAGCAAUUCGCCACCACAACCAUCACGUGCGUCACCAGCAUCAUAUCAGCCUCAUCCAAUGCAUCUACCGGCGGCGACUAGCAGCGACUGCCAAAGCCCAUCGAUGCCGACCACAAUCAAUGACAUGUUUGCCAACCUGCACGAGAUGCUGCAGGAAUACCAUGGCGAGCUGGUGCAGACGGGAUCACCGGCCGUCCUCUGCUCCGCUUUGCCAACGCACUGGCGCUCCAACAAGAGCUUACCAUGCGCGUUCAAGGUGAUCGCACUCGACGACAUUCAGGACGGUACGCUCGUGACGAUAAAGGCCGGUAACGACGAGAACUAUCAUGCGGAGCUCCGGAACGCCACUGCGGUCAUGAAGAACCAGGUGGCGAAGUUCAACGAUUUGCGCUUUGUCGGGCGGUCUGGCCGUGGCAAGUCCUUCUCGAUCACCAUCACGAUCAGCUCAUAUCCGUGCCAGAUCGCAACCUACACUAAGGCGAUCAAGGUGACAGUGGACGGGCCGCGUGAGCCACGGUCUAAGCAAAAUUUCGCCUACGGCCAUCCUGGUGCAUUUAAUCCUUUCAUCUUAAAUGCAGGCUGGCUAGACGCAGCCUACAUGAACUAUGCCUGGUCCGACUACUUCCGUCAACAUCAACAGCAGCAAGCUAUUCAGGUGCCACCUACGUCAGCUGGCCCUCAACAGACUUCGCUAGGAUGCCACGACAAAGUUAGCAGUGGUACGAUAGGUAACGGACACAUCCUUGGCAGUUCCACUACUACUACGACUGCAGCCGUUAUUGCAGAUCCCACAACCGAUCUUGUGUCGCUCCGCUCGCCAACCAGCCAAUCAGUGCCUGCCCCGACCGUGGCCCCAGGUGUCGCUCCGCCACCGAACGGUCUCCCUACUCCGGCGCUGCUCGCCAGCCCUGCCUCCACAUACCCGCCAGGAUCCAUUUCCUCAUUCGCGGUCCACACGGACCACCAGCUGGUCAAGUCACCCUUUUUGCCUUACGAGAUAGCCGCCUUUCGUUCGACGGCAGCAGCAGCGGCGGCCGCGGCCGCAGCGGCCAGUAACGGAACCUUGCGUCCUGCCCAGCUGUCAGCCACCAUCACCCUGCAUCAGUCGGCGAGUGUCGAUUCGGCUUCGUCACGCCUUUCGCCAGCCUCGUCCCGUAACUCCAACGCCAGUCCGCCUCCUGCCCUUUCAACGGCAGCUGCCGCGGCUGCUGUAGCGGCAGCCGCAGCUGCAUCCCUCCCACCAGGUCUAUUGCAUGCGGCACCGAAGGGAGUUAAUCACCCAACGCAUCACCAUCACCUCCAGCAUCCACUUCAUCAUCACAACCAUCAGCCACGGUUGACGGUGCUCGGGCCACAUCCAAGUCUGGGUCAGUCGCCGCAACUGCCAGCAGGGACGGUACCCGGUGUCAGUAGCAGUAGUAUCGGUAACGACACUAGCAAUGGUGAUCUUUCGUCCGCCAACGAGGAUGAGUCGGAUGACGAACAGAUCGACGUGGUUAAGUCAGCCUUCAUUCCGAUCCUGCGGCCACCGGCUGCACCGUCCGCCGAAACGACGGCCUCUGGAAGCACCGGUACCCGGGAAAAUUCGCCUGACAUUUGCGACGCGGACGUGACGGCGGCACAAAAGCCGGAAACUCCCGACUCCACCACCGCUCCAACCGGUGGUGAAACUUCGCCGCCUCGUUUCGGUCUGCGGUGCGAUCUGAAAGCAUUGUCCACGAAAAAGCAAAUCCUGCACGAAUCCGCCCCCGGGCACGUUUGCGUCAAACAACAGCAGCAACCGACCCCGCAGCUGGAAUCGCCGGAACGCACCAAGCUCCGAUCUCCCAACCUUAUCAAGCAGGCGCAAAAGACGGUGUGGCGACCUUACUGAAGCCGGCGCGAGGGCGCUAAGGCGCAACUGUUGACCGGGUUGAGAUUGAUUGUUGGCGAUCGAUUGAAACCGGACAAUGAACGGUGCAGGCGGUUGCUAUAACGCAGCCGGCUAACUGGACCUACCGAUACCCCCACUGAAAGGAAGCUUUUGUAAAAUUAAAAUGGUGAUAUUAAAGUUAAAGAGAAGGAAGAAAAUAGUAUGUGGCAGGGAGACAGCAAACAAAAGAAAAACAAUGGAAGACAUUACAGGUAUGAGGUGCAAGGAAAAAAGAGUUAUGUAUACACACACAGGGAGAGAGAAAUGAAGAGAGAAAGAGAAUGGAAAACGAGGGCAAGAGAA